AUGGGUAAAAAAGGUAACAAGAGUGCCAAAUCUGGAGGAGAUUUCUGGGAUGAUGAAGAUUUAGCCCAUGAAGCGCCACAGAGCGAAGAAUUCGGUGAAUCUAAUGGAUUGGAAGGGUCAGAAGUGUCUUCCCCAGCGCCUGAGGGCGCCGAUGCAGCAUCUGCAGAUGAUGUUGCUGGAGAUUUCUUGAGUUCGAUCCGUAAGUCUAAACAGAAGAAGGCUGAAAAGGUGGUGGAAGAAAAGAACAAACCAAAAGAUGCACCAAAGGUUUUGUCCAAGAAAGAGAAGGAAAAAUUGAAGAAGGAGGCGGAAAAGCAAAAAAAGAAGGAACAAGCAGCUAAAAAGAAGGCUCAACAAGCAGACAAGAAGGAGCAGAUCAAGGAAGCUAAUAAGCAAAAUGCUGCGGCAGCGUCUGCGACGUCGACACCUGCAGAAGGUAACACUCCUGAACCUGAAGGUAAGGCAUCCGCUAAGAAGGGUGGCAAGAAAGUACCAGCUGGUAUUGCUGCAUUGAAGCGUCAAUUGGAAUUAAAGAAGCAAUUGGAAGAAGAGCAACGUCGUCUUGAAGAAGAAGAAGAAGAACGUCUUGCCGAAGAAGAGAAAAAAGUGGCUGAAGCGGAGGCUGAACAAGAAGCCAAUAGAGCUGCUAAGAAAGAGAAGGAAAGACUUAAGAAGGAGCAAUUGAAGGCUGAAGGUAAAUUGUUGACUAAAAAACAAAAAGAAGAGAAGAAAUUACAGGAACGUCGUCGUCAACAAUUAUUACAAGGAAAUGUUUCUGUGCCUGGUUUAGAAGGUAAUACUGAAGAAGCAGCAAAGCCUAAGAAGAUCGUUUACGGUAAGAAAAAAUCUACGAAGCCUAAGACAUUUAUUCAACAUAAUAAUAAAGCCCAAGCUCAAAAUAAGACAGAAGAAACUAAUGGCGGAGAUGAUGAUAUUGUCGAAGACUGGGAAAAGAUGGCUUUACAAGAUGAUGAACCAAUCGCUGAUGAUUGGGAAGCUGCGUUAAACGAUGAAGAUGACGAAGCUAAAGCUGCUGAAAAAGCAGAGGCUGAACGUAAGGCCAAGGAAGAAGCCGAACGUAAGGCCAAGGAAGAAGCUGAACGUAAGGCCAAGGAAGAAGCCGAUCGUAAGGCUAAGGAAGAAGCUGAUCGUAAAGCUAAGGAAGAAGCACAUAAAUUGGCAAUCCAAAACAAACAGUCCGUUCCGGUUGAAAGUGAUUUGCGGUCUCCAAUUUGUUGUAUUUUAGGGCAUGUCGAUACUGGUAAGACCAAGUUGUUAGAUAAAGUUCGUCAAACUAAUGUUCAAGGUGGUGAAGCUGGUGGUAUUACACAACAAAUCGGUGCUACAUACUUCCCAGUUGAUUCUAUCAAACAAAAGACUGCAGUUAUGGCACAACAUGAAAAGCAAACAUUUGAUGUUCCAGGGUUGUUGAUUAUUGAUACCCCUGGGCACGAAUCUUUCACCAAUUUAAGAUCUCGUGGUUCUUCUCUUUGUAACAUUGCUAUCUUGGUUAUCGAUAUUAUGCAUGGUUUAGAACAACAAACCCUUGAAUCGAUCAGAUUAUUAAGAGACAGAAAAGCCCCUUUUGUUGUUGCAUUAAAUAAAAUUGAUAGAUUAUAUGACUGGAAAGAAAUCCCAAAUAACUCUUUCCGUGACUCUUAUGCUAAGCAAACUAAAUCUGUUCAAGCAGAAUUUCAAAAUAGAUAUGAACAAAUUAAGGUUGCAUUGGCUGAGCAAGGUUUGAAUUCCGAAUUAUAUUUCCAGAACAAGAAUAUGUCUAAAUAUGUUUCGAUAGUUCCAACAUCUGCGGUCACUGGUGAAGGUGUUCCAGAUUUAUUAUGGUUAUUGCUUGAAUUAACACAGAAGAGAAUGUCUAAGCAAUUGAUGUACUUGACAAAGGUUGAAGCGACUAUUUUAGAAGUUAAGGUAGUUGAAGGUUUCGGGUACACUAUCGAUGUUGUCUUGUCUAAUGGUAUUUUGAGAGAAGGGGAUCGUGUUGUAUUAUGUGGUUUGAAUGGUCCUAUAUGUACAAAUAUCAGAGCUUUGUUAACACCACCACCUUCCCGUGAAUUGCGUAUUAAAUCUGAAUAUGUACACAACAAAGAAGUCAAGGCAGCUUUGGGUGUGAAGAUUGCAGCAAACGAUUUAGAAAAAGCGGUCGCUGGUUCUCGUUUGGUAGUCGUUGGUGAAGAUGAUGACGAAGAAGAAAUCAUGGAAGAAGUCAUGGACGAUUUGACAGGUUUAUUAGAUUCUGUUGAUACAUCCGGAAAGGGUGUUGUCGUUCAAGCAUCUACAUUAGGUUCGUUAGAAGCUUUAUUAGAUUUCUUAAAGGAUCUGAAAAUUCCAGUUAUGUCUAUAGGUUUGGGUCCAGUCUACAAAAGAGAUAUUAUGAAGGCAAGUACUAUGCUAGAAAAGGCACCUGAGUAUGCGGUCAUGUUGUGUUUCGAUGUUAAGGUCGACAAAGAAGCUGAACAAUACGCCACCGAACAAAAUAUUAAAAUUUUCAAUGCUGACAUUAUCUAUCACUUGUUCGAUCAAUUCACUGCCUACCAACAAAAAUUAUUAGAAGCUCGUCGUAAAGAAUUCUUGGAAUAUGCGGUUUUGCCAUGUGUCUUGAAGACUAUUCAAAUCAUUAACAAACGUAACCCUAUGAUUAUCGGUGUCGAUGUCCUUGAAGGUGCUGUUCGUGUUGGUACUCCAAUUUGUGCCGUUCGUCAAGAUCCUGUUACCAAAACACCAAAUAUCAUGGUCUUAGGUAAAGUGGUAUCUUUGGAAGUUAACCAUAAAUCUCUUGAUAUUGUCAAGAAGGGACAAACUUCUGCCGGUGUUGCUAUGAGAUUAGAAAAUCCUUCGUCCGCUCAACCUACAUGGGGCCGUCAUCUCGAUGAAUCUGAUAACUUAUACUCUUUGAUUUCUCGUAGAUCCAUCGAUACUUUGAAGGACCCUGCGUUCCGUGAUACUGUUAGCAGAGAUGACUGGGUCUUACUUAAAAAAUUGAAACCAGUUUUCGAUAUAAAAUGA